AGCAACACAAGCGGGCAAUUAAAUCCAAGGAGCAUUCACGUCUAUUUGGGCGACGGAGUGCGGGUGGUCGGGGCUUGUGGUGGCCGAUACUUCAAGGCGGGCACAAGCGGGUCCGAACCACGAGUUCUUAAUGCAUCAAGUUGGUUUGGAGGGGAGCUAUUAUGCAAGUAAGACACAAUAUCUAUAAAGGUCUAACAACAAACAAGCAUAAAAGCAAAGCAACACUUAGUAGAAGGCUUAAGAUUUCAUUAAUUAUUCACCCUCUAAAGAGCUUUAAUUUAAUUACAAGGAGAAUCCCUAGUGAACAGUGAAGUGACAGUAACACAAUAAUUGGAGCUCAAGCUAAGAAAAUAUAAACUAAACUCUAAGAAAGCAUCUAAAGGGAAUCUAAUACAUCAAAAGGAGUUGGAUUCUAACACCUAGCCACCUAAAGGUUGUGGGCUGGCGACAUGCUAGGCCCUAGGCGGUGAUAUCCAGCCCUGGCUGAACGAGCAUGCCUCGCGCUAUCUGGCGAUGAUAUGCCGCGCGCCAGCAUGCACUUUGGCGAUGACGCGGUGCUCCUCCAGUAGCAUUGGGCGAUGAUGUGUUGUGAGCCAACUCGAACCAGCCCGCGCCGGGAGAUGAAUUGCAACCUCUCGGCUCGAGCGACGAUGUGAGUGGCUCCGGACCUUUUCAUUGCAUUUUAGCGUCCAUUCGCCUCAAUCGAUGAAGUGUUUUUGGGACCUUUAUGCCCUGUGGGCGAUGAAAUGUCAUGGACACUUUCCUUCACCAUCAAGCAUGGUUCGAAAAUGCAGUUUCGGUCGCGAUCGCGGAAAUGGUCGCGGUAGUUCGGUAACGAAACUGAUGCGUUGAUCGCAGAACGCGUUGCAGUUGUCACCCUAAUUUAUUUUAUGUUAGUUUUUAUAAGUUUUGUAAUAAAUUUUCUCAUAAUUUUCGAAAAUCUUAUUUUUUAAUAUAUAUCCCCAUUUUAUAUCUUGUACAGUAUUACAAUAGUGCGGUGUACAAGUAUACAAUAUACGUAGUAAACUUACUACUCCCUCCGUCCCAAAUUAGUCGCAACGUUUUGACUUUUUGCACUAUCACACAUCUCAUUUUUUUUACCAUCUUUUUUAGCUAUUAUCUGAAAGCCAAUGUAAUCAUAUAAUAUGUUGUUGGGUCUAUUUUAAUGUAUAGUUUGUCAAUAUAAAUUUUUAAUAGCUUAUAUAAGUAUAUAAUAAAAGAUAUUAAUGAUCAAACAUGUGCAUCGGCAAGUGUGUCCAGUUAAAAUGUUGCAAGUAACAGAGGGAGUACUUCAUAAAUGUAAUAAAAUAAAGUAUAAAAGAGUACAAUAGUUAUUAGAAAAGGAAGUCGUGUGGGGGAGAAGGAAGAAUAAAAGAGAGAAGAGGAAGAGUGAUGGCUGGUGGAGUCAGGUCAGAAGUCAAAAAAUAAAAAGAGGUAACAUACAACUGUCACUAUUCAGUCCACUCUCCAAUUUUUGUUUUAAAGACAAAAAAGAUGUGAUAGUUUUCAUUGACUUCCAUGGAGAAACAGAUUCCUCACCGGAAAACUUAUACUUUGGGUUCUUUUUCCUUGGAUUCUCUGUCAGGAACGCUUGAUGCGGCCGAUUUUCAAUUCAUAACGGCCGUGAUGGCCGAAAUUGCGUAGCGUUGAAAUGCAGCGUGCUGAAUCGGAAAAAUUUGGUUCGGUAAAAUUCAAAUCCGUUACAAAACAGCCGAUACGUAACGAUGCGGCCGCAUUUUAAAACCCUGCCAUCAAGAAUGCUUAAAAAGGACCCAUUUCAUCUUUUUUGGUAGUGGUCUUGCCCGUUGCUUGGUAAAUUUUGACAAAAAUUCGGUGGUCAUAACUUGGGCUUCGGGUGUCCGAAUUGAGCAAACUUUUUUUUCUUUUCAAAUUGUGUAUUUUUUCGAGCUCUAUGCAGCUGCAAAUUCUCAGGGGUAUUUGGUCCAACGAAAUCGUGAAAAAGGCCUCUAGCAUGGUGAACAUGCCAUUUUUCUGAUCAUGGUCUUGCUCUAAGACAUAGAAUUGGAUGGUGUAGAGCACGAUGAUGCGCUCGGGUCAUCCCUUGGGGAUGGAUGGGCGACAAUAUGUAUGACACCCCUUGGGGCUAAGAGCCCCUUGGAUGGACGGUGAUAUGUUUGACACUCCUUUGGACGAUGAUAUGUAUGAUUCCCCUUUGGGCUAAGAGUCCCUUGGAUGGACGAUAAUAUGUAUUGAACUUUUUGUGCACAAUUACGUAUAUUGUACGUAUUCUCUGAACUCUUUUUUGCAUGAUUGACAACUGUCUAUGACACGCGUGGACCAAAUCGAUUGUACCAAAUCGCGGUUAAAUUUUCGAAGCAUACAUUUCACUAUAUAUAGCAAGUUUCUUAUUCAUUUUUCAUUCACAUUUACCUUGUCUGGGUUGUGAAUACCUAACAAAUCCAACUACACGUCAAAGUGGAAGCAACAAAUGCUACUUUCAUGACAGGCUCUCCUAAAGGGCUCCCCCUUGACAACUUACUAAAAGAAGGUGAAUAAGAAGCCAUUAACAAGAAAGAAAGCAUAAGGAAACAAAGGCGUACCUUAAAAGAUAGUGUCUUCCAAUUAAAUUAAAAUAAGCACCUCUCUCUUUACAAAGACUUUCCUUGCUACAGAUUUUGAGAUUGAAAUUGAGAGUGAGAAAUGAAUAAGGAACUGGCUAUAUUUAGAGAAAUAUAUACUUCGAAAAGUGAACUGCAAUUUGGUUCAAUCGCUUUAGUCCACACACGUGUUACAGACACUUAUCAAUCAUGUAGAAAAGAGUACGGAGAAUACGUACAAUUUUACAAAAUUGUGCACAAAAAAUACAAUACAUAUCAUCGUCCAUCCAGGGGGGUUCUUAGCCCCAAGGAUUGUCAUACAUAUCAUCUUCCAUCCAAGGGGUUUUUAGCCCCAAGGGUUGUCAUACAUAUCAUCGUCCACCCAAGGGGCUCUUAGCCCCAAGGGGCGUCAUACAUAUCAUCAUCCAUCCAAAAGGCUCUUAGCCCCAAGGGGUGUCAUAUAUAUCACUGCCCUUCCAAGGCUUUUUGUUGUUACAGGGAAGCAAACAAACAAAAUAUAUAUUUACAGUUGUAUUUUUCCAUGAAAAUUGUAUUUCAUAAUCAUUUUUUUGAAAAAUGUUUCCGUCACUCAAGGAGACCUAAUAAGUUUCAGUGUAUCAUCUUUCCUGUCUCCAUAGUAAACCAUUUCCAUUUGUGUUUAGUUGUUUACUCUAUAGAUUCCUUCACUUUAUUUUCCUGUAUCAUGAAAAGUACUGCGUAUUAGAUUAGGAAUCGGGGGAUCUCUAUGAAUUGCUGUGAGUUUCAACUUGUGCUCUUUUGCAGAUCACUCUGACUUGUAAAACAAAAUUCUGCAAAAGGCAGGACAGGUUUAUGUGGUGAAUUCAAUCUUGGAUUAAAAUCGUUUUCUUUGAUAAACAGCCAUUGGUGUACUUGACAAGAGUCACAGGACAACUUCGCCCGACUUUUAUCUGAUGUAAUGUACUUAUGUACUAUUACUGCAGUGUUAAUGAAUUGGGGAGGGGCUCCUUCGUUUUCCUGAUGAGACUGUGAUGCUUUUGUGGAGUUGACAUUUUACAUUUUAAGGGAAGAUAUGGACAUCCACUGGUAGAGUAAGUCAUUGAAUGUCUCAAACUAUGUGUUUUGUAAUCAAAGUAUUAGUAGAGCACUAGAGCCAAACUGUUCACUUUUUACAGAUUAAUUGUCCAUAAGCCCUAUAUCAUGUAGUUGCAGACCCUUAAGAGUGUAUAUAAUGUCAAUCACCUCUAUGAAUUAUUUGGUUGGUUUAUUUCUGUUAGGCAUAAUGCUGUUCAUGGUUGUUGAGUUUCUAGAACCAAGUUUGAUGAGUGUUAACUCUCACUUGUGUUUGUUGACUUGAUAAUAUUUGGAAAGCAGUAAAUUUAUGCACUUAGUGCUCCUUAGUUUAUCCUAAGCAACAAAUUGGGUCUCGCGAGGAAGUUAUAUAAGUUGAGGUUCCUAAAUUUUUAGUAUGUCAAGUCUAGAAAUAGAAAAGGGGAUAAGGAAAAACUUGGACAGAACUAAAUUAUCCAAUUAAUUUACCCUUAGAAAUCUGUUAACUGUACACAUUUUAGGAUACGGUCGUCUAAUAGUAUAAACUUUCAUAGUUUAUAUACACUAGAUUUCCUUUGCCAAGUAAAGUGUCCAGAUUUUGAGGAGAGAACACUGCUUUGUUUCGUUAUAUUUCUUCAGUAUAAAAUCUGAGUGAUUCCAAACACAAGGUAGGCUAUGAUGAAGUUUCUCUUGCAGGUUUUACAGUUGAGAAAACUAUAACACUUUUAGAAACUCUGAAAACACAACUGAAUGAAUCAAAUUUCUUUUCUCAUUGGAUUCUUCUAUAACCGUUGAGAUGGGUUAGUGGGAUAAAGGAUUUUUAAAUAUGGCCGCUGUUGCUGCUAAGGGCCUGUUGUCAUUGGUAAGACCCCGACCAUAAAAGACUUGAACACUGACAUUGCAAAUCAGUGGAAGGGUACUUACAGUUGAAAGCAUUGGCCGCUGAUUUGCGCACACCCCAACUUGAUAACUGCACACCCCUUUGGCCCCACUAUAAGAUGACUUGCCGAAUGUACUAGAGGAGAAUGGCCAUGAAGACUGCAAUUCUUCACAUUCUCAUAUUAAUGGUUCACCAGAAUUUGAUAAUCAUCAACCUCCUCAAAUGCCCACUGAUAUGUAUCAACUUUCAUCCCAAAAAUUUUCAAAUAGAGAAAUAUUGUUGGAGACUGUUCGAGGAAUGGCCUACUCACUAGGCUUUGUUACAGUGAUUCAAAAAUCCAAAAAAAAAAAAAACAGAUGGGUUAUUAUUGGUUGUGAUCAUGGUGGAUCAUAUCGAACUAAUCGUAGUCGUAUCCCUAAUAGUGGAAAGAAAAAGUCAGGAACUCGAUUAAUGAAUUGCCCAUUUCAAAUUUGUGGAAGAAUGAACCAAGGCACUAGUUGGAGAGUCGAAAUUAAAUAUCUUUCUCAUAACCAUAAUUUAUCAAGUGAUAUUUCGGGACAUCCUUAUACCCGGCGUUUCUCAAGGGAGGAAGUUAAUGAGAUUAAAGAGAUGAUUGCUGCCGACAUUGCUCCACGGCAGAUACUUACAAAACUUCGAAAAGGUAACUCUAAUCUAAAAGCAAUAUCUAGAACACUUUAUAAUGUGAAGGCUAAAAUUAUUAAAGAUGGGCUAGGAGGCCGUUCAAUGAUCCAAGCUUUGAUGGAUGAACUUGGUAAAGGUGGUUUUACGUAUGAUGUUGAGUGUGAUAAUGAAGGACAUGUGACACAUUUGUUGUUUUCUCAUCCAAGUUCGAUUGAAUUAGCAAGAAUUUACUCAUAUACUUUUGUGAUGGACUGCACUUAUAAGAUUAACAAGUAUAAAAUGCCUUUACUUGAUAUUGUUGGAGUUACUAGUUUUAAUACAUCAUUCUUUUGCGGUUUUGCCUUCUUAUUUAAAGAGGAGGAAAGUGAUUAUGUGUGGGCACUACAAAAAUUUGGUAAGAUUUUGGGUUAUGAUAAACAACCAUCGGUGAUUGUGACUGAUCGAGAAUUGGCUUUGAUGAAUGCAAUUAAAGUUGUUUUCCCUAAUACUUGUAAUUUGUUGUGUGUAUGGCACAUUGAAAAAAAUAUUUUAGCAAAGUGCAAGCCUUUUUUUGAUGAUGGUGAUGAAUGGGAUGUGUUUAUGUCCGAUUGGACAAAUUUGAUUGAUUCUUCAACUGAAGAUCAAUUUAAUGAAGCUUGGUCUGAAAUUGAAGUGAAGUAUGGGAAGUACAGGGAUAUUCUCAUUUACAUUCAUAAUACUUGGUUUCCAUGGAAAAAAUAUUUUUUUAGAGCAUGGUCAAGUGAAUAUAUGCAUUUUGGACAUGUUAGUUCUAGAGCUGAAGGUUCACAUGCUACUUUGAAGAAAUACCUUGAAGUUUCGAGUGGUGACCUUCGCACAGUGAAGGAAAAAAUUUGUCAUGCUGUUGAUCAUCAAUAUAAUGAGAUUAAAACACAAUUGUCAAGUGAGAAGAUACGCAUUCCUCAUGACUUGCGUAUCCCCUUCUUAAGUAAGCUCAUAGGUCAUGUUUCUCAUUUUGCAUUAAGAAAACUCCUUAACCAAUUUGAGCUAGCUUAUUCCGAUUCUCUGUCUCCUACUUGUAUUGGUCAGUUUUCAAAAACUAUGGGUCUCCCUUGUGCUCACGUGAUGAGAAGGAUGACAAAUGAGGAUUUAAAGCUUGACACCAUUCAUUACCAGUGGAGAAUGGACAACAUAUCACUUUCAAAGAACGGAGAGAAUCAAGAUGUUCAUGGAGAUCGGAUUGAUGUGCUUGUACAAGAGUUACAACUCAAAUAUCAGCAAUUGCCUCUUACUCAAAAAGAAGGUAUUCGAAAACAAAUUUCUCAAUUUGUUAGUCCUUCAAGUCCUUUGGUUCUUGAACCCAUGAUUCGUCAAUCUAAAACUCUUGGAACUAAUUCAAGAAAAAAGAAAAAACAAAGUUCUUCUACAAAGAAGGAUCCUUCAGGUUUUGAGAUGGUCGAAAAGGUCAGAAGGUGCAACAUGUGUGGCAACAUGAAUCAUGAUCGUAGAAGAUGUCCUAAAAAUACUACUCAAAAUUCUUCAAUGUCCUUCAUGCCUCCAAUUUUGAAUGGCUUGCCUAGUCCAUCCACCUCUUUUGUUGUUGAUUUGAACCUUUUGCCUCCAAACUCAGAUUAUAAUAACCCAUCGUAAGGUCGAGAAUAUUUGAUAUUAUGUGAUGUCCACGAUAUAAAGUGCAAAGACACUAAUUAAGGUAAUUUUGUUUUUUUUUCGUAGUUUGGUUAUCUUUUAUGUUUAAUUGUCUAAACUAAUUAUUAUAUGUUAUUGUAGUUUUGUCGUAAUGGAUGCAGGUUUUGUCAUUGGAGUAGUUAAUUUACUAGCACAAGAUCUUUGGAUUAGCUUUGGUUGAUAAAUCGUAUUUAUGUAAUUUUUUGAGACAAUAUUUGUUGAUUUAACUUUUACCCAACUUUUGUAUUUUUUUAUAAACUUAAUUUGAGAUAAUCAUAGCUAUUAAUUUAAGAUGUUUAAUAGUAUAUAAUAUCAAAUUGAUUAUAACGUUAAAAUUUUUUGAAAGAAAAAAAUUGUCAUUUUAUAUUUAUGUAAA